AUGCCUUCUGAACCCAGUCUCAGCUGCAAGGACAUGCUGACAGGACAGAGACUCUGUCACUCAAAGUCCCACCAGGAUUCGGUUCUCUCUGCCCUCAACCAGCAGAGGAAGGAUGGCCUGCUGUGUGACGUCACCCUGGUUGCUGGCGAGCAGAAGUUCCACGCCCACAAAGCCGUCCUGGCAGCAUGCAGCGACUACUUCAGGGCCAUGUUCAGCCUGUGCAUGGUGGAGAGCGAGGCGGACGAAGUGACCCUACAAGGAGUGACCAGUGUUGGACUCAAGCACGCCUUAGAUUUCGCCUACACUGGGCAGAUUCUAUUAGAGCCUGUAGUCAUUCAGGACGUCCUGUCUGCUGGCAGCCACCUGCAGCUGCUGGAGCUCCUCAACCUCUGUUCACACUACCUCAUCCAGGAGCUGAACAGCGUGAACUACUUGGAGCUGUACCGUGUGGCCGACCUGUUCCACCUGCCCGCCCUGGAGGAGGCUGUGGUUACUUUCCUGGUGGAACAUCUGUCUGAGCUGAGCCAGAGCCGGUCGGACGAGGCCCUGCAGCUGCCCUACCGCCUCCUCAGGGAGGUACUCAAGAGCGACCGCCUCACGUCUCUAAGCGAGGAGGAGAUAUGGAAGUUUGUUGUUCUGUGGCUGGAACACGACUGUCGCUACCAGUACACAGAGGACCUCCUGCAGCAUGUCCGCUAUGGCCUGAUGGACGUGCCGACCCUGCACCACCUCGCCCAGAGCCACCCCGUGGUCCAGUCAAGCCCUACCGCUGCCGCCCUGGUGGACGAAGCCCUGGACUACCACCACUCCGCCUUCGCUCAGCCCCUCCGGCAGUCGGCCCGAACCCGGCCCCGCUUCCAGUCCCUCACCCUGUACAUAGUCGGGGGGCGGAAGCGAGAGGUGAGCAGGGUCAGGGAGCUGCGCUACUUCAACCCGUCCGCGCAGGAGCACGUGCGCGUGGCCGGAGGAUCCAACUGGAGCGAGCUGGCGCCCAUGCCCACCGGGCGCAGCCACCACUGCGUGGCCGUGAUGGGGAACUUCCUGUUUGUCGUCGGGGGGGAGAUGGAGCACGCCACCGGGAGGACUUGCGCGGUGAGGACCGCCUGUAGAUACGACCCCAGAGGAAACCGGUGGACCGAGAUGGCCCCCAUGAAGGCCUGCAGGGAACACUUUGUGCUGGGCGCUUUGGGGCAGUACCUGUACGCAGUGGGUGGCAGGAACGAGCUGAGGCAGGUGCUGCCCUCCGUGGAGCGCUACUGUCCCAAGAGGAACAAAUGGAUGUUCGUCCAGCCCUUCGACCGCUCCCUGUCCUGCCACGCCGGCUGCGUGGCCGACGGUCUGCUCUGGGUUUCAGGUGGAGUAACAAACACUGCUCAGUACCAAAACCGGCUGAUGGUGUACGACCCAGAACAGGACGAGUGGCUGGCCCGCAGUCCCAUGCUGCAGAGGCGUGUGUACCACGUGAUGGCGGCGGUGAGGAGGCAGCUCUACGUGCUGGGCGGCAACGACCUGGACUACAACAACGACCGCAUCCUGGUGCGCCACAUCGACUCCUACAACAUGGACCAGGACCAGUGGACCCGCUGCUCCUUCAGCCUCCUCACAGGUCAAAACGAGUCUGGUGUAGCCGUGCAUGAGGACAGGAUCUACGUGGUUGGGGGAUACUCCAUUUGGACCAAUGAACCACUGGCAUGCAUACAGGUGCUGGAUCUCAGUACAGAAGGGAAGGAGGAGGUUUUCUACGGGCCAACGCUGCCGUUCGCCUCCAACGGGAUAGCCACAUGUUUCCUGCCCGCUCCUUACUUCACCUGCCCAAACCUACAGACUCUACAAGUACCCCAUCACAGAAUAGGUGCCGUCUAA